AAACAGAUUCAGUGCCAGCGAUUAGCGGGCGAGGGGAUUGGAAUAUCAGCCGCAGCUGAAGAAGAAACAGGAAAUGCAGAUAUAAAAAAGUGUUGUAGCCUCUAAAACCGUAUCUCCACCUCUCCACUGUUGUCGGAAAUGGCGGUAGCUUCGACGUCUCUAGCUUCUCAAUUCUCCGGCCUCCGUCCUGUCUCCAAGCUCGAUUCCUCACCAUCUCUCUCAACCACCCAUUCUUUCUUCCAGAAUCUCCACUCUCACCUCCGUCUUUCCACUUCUCGCAAAGCCUGCAGACCCGUCGUCGCCAUGGCCGGCUCCGGAAAGUUCUUUGUUGGUGGAAACUGGAAAUGUAACGGAACAAAAGAGUCCAUUACCAAGCUUGUCUCUGACUUGAAUAGUGCAAAGUUGGAGUCUGACGUUGAUGUUGUUGUGGCACCUCCCUUUCUGUAUAUUGAUCAAGUAAAGGCCUCCUUAACUGAUCGGAUUGAAAUUUCUGCUCAGAAUUGUUGGAUUAGCAAGGGUGGAGCUUUUACUGGAGAAAUCAGUGUGGAGCAGUUAAAAGAUAUUGGAUGCAAGUGGGUCAUUCUUGGCCAUUCUGAACGGAGACACGUAAUCGGUGAAACUGAUGAAUUUAUAGGAAAGAAGGCUGCAUAUGCCUUGAGCCAGGGUGUUGGAGUUAUUGCCUGCAUUGGAGAGUUGUUGCAAGAAAGGGAGGCAGGAAAAACUUUUGACGUCUGUUUCAAACAAAUGAAGGCUUUUGCAGAUUCUUUACCAAGUUGGGAUAAUGUCGUCAUAGCAUAUGAACCUGUAUGGGCUAUUGGAACUGGCAAAGUGGCCACACCCGAGCAGGCUCAGGAAGUGCAUGCAGCUGUUCGUGAUUGGCUUAGUAAGAAUGUCUCUGCAGAAGUUGCUUCGAAGACUCGAAUUAUCUAUGGAGGCUCAGUGAAUGGAAGCAACUGUGCCGAGCUUGCAAAGAAGGAAGAUAUAGACGGAUUUCUAGUAGGAGGUGCUUCCCUAAAGGGUCCUGAAUUUGCCGUGAUAGUUAACUCUGUUACUUCCAAGAAGGUGGCAGUUUAGCUUUAUUAGUUUCUGGGGAUGCUAAUAUGAUAUGAUUCCAAAUAAAUAACUCAAAGAUAAUUUCCUGCAGAACAUGCAUGAGGCAUUUGAUGCAUGAUCUGGUUGAAAUUUGAUAACCACAUGAGUUAAGAAGUCGUGUAACUCAAGUUUUUUCAUCCAUGAGAAUGAGAUUUUACCCUUCUUUGGA